GUUACCUGUAGGAGACACCACAAGGCCGCAAGAAAAAGGAGAAGCACUUCCUCUACGACAUAGUGAGCAACAAAAGAAAUGGAGUCGGUGUGAAACUCUUUGACUCAGUGGCCAGGGAUUGCUAUCACCUGGGCCUAAAGACUAAUUUUGACCAUCAUCGGUUCAUCAAGCUUGCCAAAGUGCUUGAAGUUGAUGACAAGAAUCAGAUCUGCAUCAGAGACAAGGCGAUGAGUACCUUGUAUGACUUGGCUCACACCGUUGAAGCUCUUCAUACCAAAGCCUACACACACAACGUGACCAUAAACAUCGAGCUAAUGAUGGAAGAUGUUAUCAAGGAGCAUAUUGAGAAGCAAAGAAUACAAGCAACAGCAAAACCAGCAGAAAUUUACUCCAAAGUCACAGACAGUUUAUUGGUAGAAAGGACAGAUCUUGAGAAGGCAAAAAGCAUUGUGAAAAGAAUCCACUCCCGAGAUCUGUACAAAUAUGUGACAAAGGUCAAUAAGGACGAGGCAGAGAUAAAUCAGGAGAAAAAAGGUCGACUGGCUGAAGCACUCAGAACUAAAGAAAACAACAUUGUCAUUCACGUGCACAGCUUAAACUCUGGCAACCAAGACCCCAUUUCUGGCAUGAUUUUCUUUGAUAAAGGCAGACGCAUUCUUGAUUCAGAUCAGAUUGAGGAAAAGGUACACAAAACUGAAGUGGGCAUAUGUUGGCCUCUGUUAUUUUAG